UUGCCCUUAUUUGCUGUUGUGAUCCUUGCGUCCAAGUACGAAUCAUACAAUAAACAUCCACAGUAAGUAAUCUAUCAACGUAGGCAUCUUACUUAGUACACUGUUGAAUUAUUUAUCAGUAUUUAAAUUUCCUCAAGAGAAAACAAUCGUUUUUUUCUCUUGAAGUUGUUGGAUCUCAUUCAGUGAUGCGUUGAGCUGGUCAGUAGCCACACCCAUGAUUACAUUGGGAUUGGUGAGUUUAUCUAUAAAUAUUUUAACUGACCUAUCCAAAUAUGCAAUAGUCACAACACACAACCUCGCGGUGUAGCCAGUACCUUACGCAUUCGCACAACCUAACGCCCGGGCGGUGGUAGCCAUGAACAGCAGUUUGGGCUUAUAAGCUGAUGGCAUAGCCGUCAUCAGGCCCUUAUACAACCAAAGGACCGUUGCCCAUUAUGACCGAGUCGAGUAAGAAUUAAUGAGCUCUUUAAACGACAGCCCAAAUGAGUAACUGUUACUAUUUAUACCUCAAUUGACAGAACUUAAGAUGACAUCAGUUAAUUUUUCAUACUUGGUACUGAAUACUGACGGUGUUACUGCGCAACACGUCGGACAUUUCAGAACACUUGAUCAUGAUAAACUAGAAAUCCUUUAUUUUUAGACUAGUGUUUUCUCUUAAAUAAGAUCUGCAGUGUAAUAUGUUAUUUCUACUGCAACCACAGUUUUUUCUCACUUCUUUGUAUAUUUUAUUGCAGUAUUGCGCUGAUAGAACUAAUAACAUUGCACUGCCAUAAGUUAAGAAAUAUACAUAGCUCUAAAGCAAAUGGCAAAGUUAAGCAUACCAAGAAAGUGAUCAUCAAAACCGCCUCCUUUUUUUUCAGGUUCAGUUCGUUCUUGUUAUUUUAUUGGUAAAAGCUUUGGUUACUUUUCGCAAGUCUGGUGACGCGAAUGAACAUGAAGACAAGAAAAAUGUUGUCAAGUAAGACAUACUAAACUAUGAUUUUAUAAAAACGAUAUUCACAGUUGGAAAUCAGUUUCACUGGUCAGGCCUUUAAUUUUAAGUCCAGUUACACACACCCUGCCCCAACAGAAAGCUCAGGUGGGUCCCUUACACAACAGUGAAACAUCGGGGGGGAAACACCCAUUUUUAGUUGACUCUUAGUUACAAAGGUGAGUCUAUCAAUUACGCCACUCAUGAUAUAAUCGGUGAGUCUAAAACCUGUGUUAGGUGACAUGAAGAUGAAUCUUAAGCAAAAGUGUGGGAUGACAAAAAAAUAGCAUUAUGGUAUGUUACGGUAUUUUCUGUAGUGGUCAAUAUGAUGAUGGUAGCAGAUCACAAAAAUAGAUGGGAAUAGAACGAAAUUAAAGCAUCUUGUGUAAACAUCAAAGCAAAUAUGAUAUUCCAGCAGCGAAAUUAAAAAAGAACAUGCUUAUCCUUCGAGAUUUUAAUUAUAGCUUUUACUAUAAUUGCGUCAAAGUGUGGGAAUUUUCAUGAAAAUUGAAAUGUUUUCACUUAAGUCUAAGGCCUGUCAGAACACGGGAUAUACAAGGGGCGCACAAUGUCGUUGAGCAGUAAACUCAGGAUGAAAUUAAAGUAAGAGCAGACCACAUGACCACAACUGUCCAGUAGUUGAGUAGCUCUGCCUCUUAUUUCAUGUGCAUGUCAACCUCAAAGAAGGUUUCAGCGUAGUCUGUUUAUACGGUCUCUUUGAACAGCAUCGAGCGCGCGUAUGAAAGUUAAAAACGUCCGCAGCGGGUUCUCGCUUCGCGCCCUCAUCCUAUAUACUAUUAAACAAUGCUUAACCUCAUUUGCAGAAUUUUUAAGUGACUAACGGUGAAUUAAAUAACUUUAACAGGUCCGGCUUGAAAACAGUAGUUUGCAUAACAAUCACUGUGAUUGUGACGUGGCUUCUAGGAUCACUGUCUCUGAACAUAGACAAAGAUGUCUACCACGUGUUCUUCACUAUAUUCAAUGCCCUUCAGGUAAAUUUUCACUCGGUCUUGUGCCAUUCAACACAAAGGUACCUGGAUGAUAUGCUUUUUUUUCUCUACCAAACAGUCACAGAAUUGCCAGGAAAUAUUCGCUGUUGGCUAGGGCUAUUUGACCUAAAAAAUUAAUUAAAGUAAAAGUUUCCACAGUUUAGAUUAUACAUCAUGAUACUGAAUUUUUAUUGUUGGUAAUAGAAAAUGAAUGUUAAGUCAGGAGGGAGAGAACGACUCUUAAGAAAUGUCAAAAGAGAGUAAAAAACUAUUUUAACUCUAGAUAAGUAGCAGAGAUACUGACUCUUCAACGAGAGCUGUAGUUAGCAUUUUAGAGGACUCGGAGGGUAACUCCAGUCUAAUUCCUGAUAUCUGUUCGUAUCAGGAGUAGUAGUCCCCCUAUGAACUCUUACAUUGUCCCCACUUGGUUCUGAGCCAUAUAGGCUUGAAAGCUAGAAUAUAAACUUACUAUCUAUUGUUAAACUCGCAGGGCUUUGCUUUCUUUCUGUUCUAUGUGGUCUUAAAUCCUCAAGUUCGCCAACUUCUUGUCACCGUUUGGGAGUGGAAAGAAUCCUCUGUGACGCCUUUUGAUGAACACGAAGCUAUCGAGAUUGAAGAAGAAGAGGUAACUAUAAGGUUUUCAUACUUAAGCACAACUGACAACCUGUGUUUGUACAGCCGAACGUUCUGAACAAAAAUUGCAGCGCCUUUAUUAUUAUCCGGGGGAAGGGGGGGGGGGGGCUUAUUUUCUUGUUUACAGGUAGGUGGGCCUAACAGAUAAAUAAAACAAAUAUAUCAACAUGGGCCUAUACCAGGAGGAGAGGGGAGGAGAGGGAGGACGGGGGGCGGGGGCGGGAGGGCUACGUUAUUCUUGGUUCGCAACCACUUGACAAGGAGGCCAUGGUAGCUAACGAAACAAUAUAAAAUUUACAAACAAUUUGUAUGAAGCAUGAGUUCAACUUCUAACGGUGGGAAACGGGUUCUUGUUAACCAACAUCGCCGCAUUAGCUUCAGCUGUAAAACAGCAAAAUUUGAUUUAAAAACGAACAGUCUUUUUUUCUGUUUACUUCAGGAAAAAGAAAAGAAGAAAGGAAAAGGAAAAGGUAAAGCUGGACCUGAGAACAAAGAAAAAGACGCCAAACCAGAAGAACAAGUGACGACAGUUCAGAGCGUGGCAGGAGCUAGAUUAGCCGCUUCUUCUAUGGCCAACAAAACCAAGCCCAAGAACAAAGAAAACGGAGUAACUUUGGUUAAAUUUGGCGAAAGAAAGGAAACAGACAAGGCUAACUUAGUGGAUAAACCCAGCAGGACUGUAUCAGUUAAAAAGCUUGCUCCCAUUUCCCAGCCAAACAAGAACACUUUAUCAAAUCUGUCGCGUGAACCUCGUGCAAGGUUAGAAAUGCAGGGACCCUGGACUGUUAAAACGCCCGCGCGGAAACCUACCGUGACUUUGCCAAAAGAAAAACGACCCCGUUCUCCUUCACCUAGUGGUCAGCAGUUGCACGUUUCGCUCCAUCAGGAUAAGAAAAAGACGCAGUUACAGAUAAAGGAUAAAGUUCCUGAAACAGGUAAAUAA